AUGGACAUGACCGCGAUCUCCGUGCGGCAGCUCAUUGCGCCUACUACGGAGGAGGUUGAUCGUGUAUCCGCUGUAUUCGCCAAAGCAUUUUGGAACGACCCAUUCCUAGUUGCCGCUGCAAAUGGUGACCCAUCAGUAUACCACGCCUUCAUGAAGGCCCAUGUGGCGGCAGCCGCUAUCGCUGGCGAAGUUUGGAUAGCCAGCCGUGGAGACACCGAGAUCGCCGGUGCUGCGACGUGGUUCCAACCAGGGAGGAUCUUCCUCGACAGCGAGGAGCAGCACAAAGCAGGCUACGACGGCCUCGAGCACAUAUUUGGCCCUGAGAAGUGGAAUUGGUUCUCAGAAUAUUUGGCCCCCAGGUACAAUAAGAUGUGCGCGGACGCGCUUGGGCCGGAGACCAGAACCCAGGAACGCUUCUUGCACAUUUUCGGAGUCCACCCUGAUCAUCAAGGCCAAGGCGUCGGCAGCAGCCUCAUCAAAGCCGGAGAGACUAAGGCUAGCGCGGAGGGCAGCGAUGUAGUUCUCGAAACCGGCACUCCACAGAACCUUGCCAUGUACCAACGUUGGGGAUACGUGGUGAAAGGACAACAGCACUUCGAGAGCCCUCAUGGAGAGUGGGACAUGUGGGUCUUGAGAAAGCAUCUGAAAUGAUGAUGGAGUCGGCGAUGAUUUGGUAUGA